AUGGUCAAGGAUGUCUUGAGAUUCUGGAUUGAGCGGUCCCAGAGCAAUGAUCUUGUUGAGGCACAUGAGGCAAAGACUAGGAUCUUUGAGAGCUUGGAUAAGUAUGGUGAAAUGCAUCCCAAGCUUUAUCCUAUCGUCUUGCUCUACUUUGCUUCUGCUGGUCAUCUGCAAUCUGAGACUUCUCAUCAGGUAUGCACUCUCAAUGGCCGAGAGGUUCUCUCUUGGACAUUGAGUGUGUACACUCUCAAUGGCCAAGAGUGUUUCUCUUGGCCGUCAAGAGUGUACAUCCUCAAAGACCGGGAGAAAGACUCUUGGCCGUCAACGGUGUGCAAUUGUCACCCGGGAGGAAUCCUUGUGGCUGCCUGGGCUCUUUUGGGUUUGCCAACACCCAAAACCCCUUGGGUUUUGGAGCAUCAACCCCCAACUCCCUUGGGGGUUGGGAUUCUUUUAAUUAAAUUUUGUGGGGAUUUGACUCCCAAACCCACUCAUGGGUUUGGAGGAUUGACUCCCAUUUACCGGGGAACUACACGUGGUGCAAAACUUAAGAUGACAGAGUUCGAGCUCUGGAACUGA